AUGUGCUUCCACUAUGACACUUUGCGCGAAAGCGGCAUAGCUGUGAGCACCGCCAUGCUCACCAUGAAGGCGCUAAGCCUUUCAAUUCGGCGCCUCACUCGAAAGGGCCAAAAGCUGUCGAACCAUCUGAAAGAAAUCCGCGACGAUUUCGUGCGCUCCUUGCAAGACAGAUUUUCGGUGUUUGGUACCGUGGCGGACGUUCCGUGGAGUCGAGUUGUGAAUAUGGAUGAAACGCCCGUGUAUUUCGAACCCGACGUGCACACGACAAUCGCUCCCAAGGGCGCCAAGACUGUCUCAGCUCGUGUGUGCUCAAACCACAACCCAAGGGUGUCCGUGUGUUUGGCCGUGACGGCAACAGGAGAAAUGCUCCCGCCAUUUGUCGUCUUCAAGGGUGUUCCAGGAGCCAGGACCAAGGCGUGGUUGGACGACCCAACAACAGAAGCUUGGCGUGAUUCUGUGUGGGCGCCAUUUGCUUCUGGUGGACUCCCAAGUAUCCUGCUGAUGGACGAUUACAAGUGCCACAAGCAACCCGCCUUUACGAAAUCGUUAGCCAAGCUGGGAACUGAAGUCGAAAUUCUCCCAGGUGGUUAUACCUGCGUGUUGCAGCCUUUGGACGUUGACAUCAACAAGCCGUUCAAAGACCGUAUCCGACAUGCAUACAUGAUGUGGGCCGCUGCCAACAUGGUUGGAAACGAAGUCGUGCCAUCGCCAAGUCGUGAAAUCGUGUUGCAAUGGAUCGAGAAAUCCUGGGCUGAAGUAACUCCUGAAGUGAUCUGCAAUGCGUGGCGAAAAUGCGGAUAUGGAUUUGUAGUAUGA